UCGAAUUCAAUUUCUACAUUCUCUCUCUCUCUCUGCGUUCUUGGCCAUGGCAAUGGCAGCUGGGAACAUUGACCAGCAGCAACAAGAAGAAGAAGGGGGAGAAUUGAGAAUCCCGGUUUUGACUGUUCUCAAGAACAACUCGAUCCUCAAGAACAUCUUCAUCGUCGUCAACAUCGAUUCAACCGUCCUAAUUGGCCGCCACCACAAAUGCGACGUCGUUCUCGCUCACCCAAGUGUCAGCCGCUUCCACCUCCGCAUCUUCUGCCACCCUUCUUCCCGUUCUCUCUCCCUCACCGACCUCUCUUCUGUACAUGGAACGUGGCUCAAUGGCACCAAGCUUCAGGCAGGAGUCAGUGUUCUCAUGAACGAAGGUGACACCUUCACCGUUGGGGUUUCCUCUAGGGUUUAUCGUCUCUCUUGGAUUCCCUUUACUCGCGCUUUUGAUUCGCAUAUCCCCUUUGUCUUCCAAUUCAAUGCAAAUUUGCCCCACAAUCAACAACAACAAUUGGAGAUGAUUAAGGAGGUGAGUUUUUCUACAGAAGAAAUUCAAUCGGUGGAUUUGAUUACAGACUCUGAAAAUUCUCUGUUACUGGAACAAAGUGAAGAAAGAAAUCAGCAUUUUAAAGAUGAAACAUUUGGAGUUCAGAAUGACCCUAUGGAAACUGAAACAUCACAUUUUUCUGUGAAAUUUGAUAGUGAUAAUGAACAAUUUGAACAUCGGAACCAAGUACUAUUACCACCUUUCAUGCAAUCAGUUGAUGAAGUUUGCAGCACAGAGAAGACUGAAGCUUGUCCUGAAGCAGAAUUGCUUGAGGAAACUAAUUUGCUUUGCACAUUGAGAGAGUAUUUUACAGAGAGCUUAUGUCUGCCUGUUGUGGAAGCACUCCAGGGGACAACAAUGCAACAAUUUCAAACUCCACACAAUUCAGCUAAUACUCAAUUUCCACUUAGGAGGCAGGAGGCUUCCAUAGAAGAGCAUUGCUCUAGCUUUCUGACUAAUAUUGAUUCAGAAUCUAUUGAUGGAAAAAGUGUAGCUUCAGUAACUGCAAUAUCUAGAGAAUCUGAAUGCACAAUGGGAGUUAAUGACAAGAUUGAAGGUUCUGGAGAAAGAUUUUUCAGUUCUGAGAAUUCAUCUCUGCUAGUUGAAGCAGUUGAUGUGAAUUCAAUAUCUGAUGGAGAAGAGCAAGAGAAAUGUUGUGAAGAGUUGUCAAAUUUGCAGGCACACCAGAAUGAACAAGGGGACUCAUUGGAUGGAAUAGUUGACGAUACUGGGAGCAAAUCCGCAAGCAGCGUUUGCCUCACAUUAGAUCCGGUAGAACGGUUGACUACUCAGGUGCCUCCAGAAGCUGCUUUAAAUGUUACAAGCAAGAAAGAGAUGCAGACACUGCAAUCGCUCAUUGCCGUAGCAGGGUGCUGUGAGGUGGAAAUGCUUGAAAGCCAUGCAGAAGCAACAGAGUGCGGUAACAUUUGUCACAUGAAAGGGCUCCCUCUGGAUGAAGCAGAUGAAGAUAUUGGAAACAAGUAUUCUUCUGGUAGUAUCAAUCCCAUAUCAAUUAUGGUAGAGUCAGUGACUUCUUCUGUGCCUCAGGAAGCUGAUUUACUUAUCACAACCAAGAAAGAGGACCAGAACAUGCAAUCUCUUAUUGCCGCCGUAGGAAACUCUGAUAAUGAAGUCUUUGAAAGUUUUGAAGAAGCGAAAGUGAUGGUUAAAUCUUUUCAUGAGCAAGUGCACUUGCCACAUGAAACAAUUCAAGAAGAACCUGUGGAUUCUCCAGCACCUCAGGAAGUUAUUCUAAAGAUUACAAGUGAUGAAGAGAACCGGACCCUACAACCUCUCAGUGCUGUGACAGGAAGCUCUGAGAUAGAAAUAAUUGAAAGUGGUUUAGAAGCAAUGGAAGGUGCUAAAUAUUCCUACAGGCAAGGGCACCCAAUGGAUGAAGCAGUCAAAGAUAUUGGAAAUGAUUGCUCAGGUAGCAUCUAUCCCAUAUCAGUUCUGAAUGAAUCAGUGAAUUCCUCAGUCACUGAUCAAGCUGAUAUAAAGAUUACAAACAACAUGGGAAACCAGACACCAAAAUCUCGCAUUCCUUUGAAAGGAUUCUCUGAGAAGAGAACUCUUCACAGCUGUGUAAACGCAACAGAGAGAAGUUCAGCCUUUGUUAAUAUUUGGUUACGAGGAGGUAAGGCUGCUAGUUCUCCUCAGGUUCGAGCUAGAAGGAUUAGAUGUAUGAGCACAACUAAUGUUUAUACUGAAGUUGAGAUGAGUUGUGAGAAGGAUAUCAUGAACAAAUCAUUACCCAAGAAAGAUCUUUUCUCUGUUUUUGACACUGAAGAAAAAAUAUUUGCUCAAAAUAAGGAAAACUUCAGCCCAAAUAUGCCGUUCGUGAGAAGUAACGGAAACCAUCCUAAGUCACAAAGGUCAUCCUGUUCAGAGGUUAAUUCUAGUCCCAACAUCAAUUCAAAUGAAAGCAUAAGUUCCAUUUCAUACAAAGAGAAUAAGGCCCCAAAAGUAGUUCAAGCUCGGAAGUCACGAAGAAAAGCCCUUGAAUGUUGUACCAACUGGAAUGAGAAACAAGAUACUAUGAAAUUGAAGAAGAAGAAAGAGAGGCCCAUCCAAUCACUAGUGAAUUCUUCAGGCAAGCUCAAGUCAGAGUCUUCUGGUCCUGUUUCUGAUGCAAAAAGCAUUGAUGGUGGUAGUUGUGCACCAGUUUCAGACAAUUGCACUAAACCCUGUCAUUUUAAUGGAGAACAAAAACGAAGCUGGGAUAUGGUUGUGGACACUGCAUCUCUUCUGAACAAGGAGUCAAGGAAAGCUUUGCAGCUUUUACAAGGUCUCAAUGGGACUCGUUUAAUCAUUCCAAGAUUGGUUAUAAGGGAACUGGAAAGUAUGAGGAGACAAUUUGGAAUCUUUAAAAGAGUGUCGGAGGCUUCUUUCGCAUUGGAAUGGAUCAAAGAAUGCAUGGUGAACACAACCGGGUGGAUUCAUAUCGAAAGCUCAAUGGAGGACCGCAGGAUGGUCGCUCCAAUGCCAUCUACUUCACCUCAGACUCAAUUUGUUGAAGAAGAGAUUUCUAUUCUAGGUCCCUACAUCUCAAAGAAAAUGGCUUCACCAACAGUUGAAGAUCAUAUCCUUGACUGUGCUCUUCUACUUAGAAAAGGGGAUAAUAACAGACAACUUGUCCUGCUUAGUGAUGUUGUCCCUUUGAAAAUCAAAUCCAUGGCAGAGGGGUUGUUAUGUGAGACAGUACGAGAAUUUCAGCAAAGUUUAGUGAAUCCCUUCUCCCAGAGAUUCAUGUGGACCAAUAGCACUCCUAGAGGAUUGACUUGGUCCUACCAAGAUGAUGUAGUUUUGAGGGAGAAGUAUUGUGGUUUGCCAUCAAAGGCUGGUUUGAAACUCAUCACUGAACAGUAUUUGUACUCUCAAGCUUGAGAUCUUACAACUCCCCUUAACUAAUAAUAAUAAGUACUCUCGAGUUUAAUAUUGUC